AUGGGCAGCAUUGGACUCCCGGACAAGGAUUCUCCGGACAUUCACUUGGCCGUUGCAACCAAAGAAGAGCUUCUCGCCCAACAAAAUGCCAACAGUGAGGAAUGGCGCGGUGUUCUCCCGGCAGAGGCAUACGUCCGACGCGAGACCUACCUCUACAGCCAGGAGCUCACGAAAGAUGAUGGUAUGACACCUUGGGUGCUUGUAUACCAGCCAGAUCGUAAUGGGCCAAGGCAAAUUUUGUGUGGAUGUGAAUCGAUCAGGAAGAGGGCACUUAUUGCAAGAGAUGGAGAGAUUGAGGAUGUGACUAGUCACGGCGUCUGCUCCGUCUUCUGUUCACCAGACAAGAGAGGAAGGGGGUACGCCGGCAGAAUGAUGAAGGACAUGGCUCAAACAAUGGAGCAUUGGCAAGCAGAAAACGGCAAGUCAAGCCCUUUCAGUAUUCUCUUCUCAGACAUCGGCAAAGACUUCUACGCCUUACGAGGAUGGCAGGCUUUCCCUUCUGCGCAUGUCAGUGUUCCUGCGCUUCCAACAACGACUCCGGCGAGCGUGCGGCUCUUGAAAAGCGAAGACAUCGCUGAGCUGUGUGCCCUCGAUGAGAAGCUCAUACGCCAGCGUCUAUCCAAACUUAAUUCUUCAAAUCGCAUUGCCGUGGCUAUAGUGCCGGACCAUGCAACAAUUGCAUGGCAUCAUGCCCGGGAUGACUUCGUCGCGAACGAGCUCUAUGGGAAAACUCCAACUGUAAAAGGAGUCAUGAUUGGCGACAAGCCUGGCUCCCGUAUCUGGAUGUACUUCACGCGCGUGUGGACAUAUCUCCAAGAAGAUAGUCCCAACACCCUUCAUGUAUUGCGAUUGGUCAUCGAAGACGAAUCGCUGUCAGACUUCUCACCCGCCUCACCUGCAGCCGCUGAUAAGCUAGAGGACACUGAGGUGGUACAUGCGAUAGCUGCAUGUCUCCAGGUCGCACAAUCUGAGGCCGCCCUCUGGGAUAUGAAGGAAGUCACAAUCUGGAACCCAACAUCUGCAACGUUAGCUGCAGCUCGGUCACUUGAUCCGAAAGCCGCAGUGGUGGAGCGCGAGCACGAGAGCAUCGCCAGCCUUAACUGGUACGGCGACGGCUCUUUGAAGGAUAUUGAUUGGGUCUGCAAUGAGAAAUACGGAUGGUGCUAG